CCUCCCCUCCCCGGCCUGCUCCCCGGCCGGGGCCGAAAUCGACCGUGUGAGUCCCUCGCGGGCGAACCAGGCCACAACAGAUAGUAGGUGGGUGGUGUCCCAAGGUGCAACUCACCGCCGCGCUGGCUCAGCGUGGCGGUGAGGAUGCACAGACGGUGGUCGUGGCGAGAGGUGUAUGUGGACCUUGUCCCCGCGGCAGCAAUGCAAAGCGGCAACUUCACCUGGUACCCACCGUCGCGGAAAACGUGGCCCACGAAGCUGGAGGAGCAGAGAGAUUCGUAAAAACCACGCGAGUAAGCACCGUUCGCGGGAGAAGGGAGAUAACCGCGGGCGACGCGGGGGGG